AUGUCUGAUUGGGUCUCCACAUUUCCUGGAUAUAAACAUGUUUUAUCUUCGGGUAAAAAGUUUUUCGGCAGGGUAAUACAAACGGGCCCUGUGCCACAACAUGUUGGAAUUAUAAUGGACGGGAAUAGACGAUAUGCUCGAAAUCACAAAAUUGAGAUUAAGGAGGGACAUAGUAUGGGGUUCAACACAAUGGCUAAUAUCUUAGAGUUGCUUUACGAGUGUGGUGUCAAAGUAGCAACAGUAUAUGCAUUUUCAAUUGAAAAUUUCAACCGAACUAGUUACGAGAUAAAAUGGUUGAUGGAUUUGGCCAAGUCGAAAUUUACACAAAUUAAUCAAAAUGGAUUGCUUUGCGAAGAAUAUGGAGUGCGAAUAAAAUUGAUUGGCAAUUUGAAACUAUUGCCUCCAGAUGUGUUGCAGAUUUUACGUGAAACGGAGGAAAUUACAAAAAAUAACACUAGGGCAGUUUUGAAUGUUUGUUUUCCCUAUACAUCUAGAGACGAAAUGACUUACGCUGUAAAGAGUAUCGUUAGCGGGAGCACUAGGGAAAGGAUCAUAGUUAAUGAAGACACAUUAGCACGUCAUCUUUAUACCGGAAGCCAGCCACCUUUGGAUCUUUUAGUAAGGACAUCAGGAACAUAUAGAUUAUCAGACUUUUUGUUAUGGCAGUGUGUCUCCCCUGACUGUGCUGUUGUUUUUGUUGAAAAGUUGUGGCCUGAGUUCAGACCAUUGGAUAUGUUAAAGAUUUUAAUAAAUUGGAGCUUCAAUAAGUAUUGGUAUGGCAAUUCGAGUGGUCACGGCUUAAACCCAAGGACAGUAAGAGAAAUGGAGAGGGACGCUGACAUGGAGCUUUUAAGUCUGACUUCACACGUUGGAUUCGAAAGAAGGGAAUUUGAUGAUGACGACGACGAGGAUACAGAUGUUAGUAGUCAAUUGGGUACGGAGGAGGAAACCAUGACGUCAGAAGAUGACGUUGACGCUAAAGUAAAUACGAAGUUAGCACAAUAA